AUGUUGGGUCACCCUCCCCCCGCGUUCCAGCAGCCGUCUGCGCAACAACUCUCGACGCAGCCCCCCACGGCAGACCCGAAUGCCCUGCACCAGCCCCAGCCCCCGGGAACGUUCCAGACGCUCCGCCUCCGCGACGACCCGCCCUCUGUGACCCAGCCCGCCCCGCGCGCAUCCCGCAAGCGCAAGUCCCCCGCGACGGCCUCCACCGACGCAGGCCCCCACCCGCCCCCGGGCCCGCCCAACCCGGCGAUGCACCCGCCCCCGCCCCCGGGCACGAUCCAGCAGCACGCGCUCCCGCCCCCUCACACCCUCAUCCACCCCCCACCGCCACACAUGGCCGGGCACAUGCAGCACUCGUACCCGUACCCGCCCCCGCCAGACUUUUCGCCCGGGGGGAUGCCGCCCCAGCACGCCCCGCCGCCGCCACCGCCAGGCCACCCAGGCGCGCCCCCGCAGCAGCAACAUCCGCAAGACGAGCAGCUUGGCAACUCGUCCUCUGGCCGCACCCUCAGCCAGAGCAAGCGAGCCGAGCAAAACAGGAAGGCGCAACGUGCGUUCCGCGAGCGACGAGACCAGCACGUCAAGACGCUCGAAUCGCGGUCGCAGCUGCUCGACGCCGCGCUCGCGUCGGCCGACGAGGCGAACCGCCGGUGGGAGGAGUGCAGGACGAUCGUCGAUCAGCUCCGGAUCGAAAACGCGACGCUCCGGGCGACGCUCCAGGCGACGCAGGCGCAGCUCAUGCAGCUCAACCCGAACGCGAACGUGCAGGUCCCCGACGCGGGCGUGGCCGCCGCCGUCGCCGCGGCGGUCAACGGGGUCGCGAACGGCGCCAGCGAGGGACGCUCUGGGGGAGACAAGGACGAGCGAGGGGAGAAGGGGUCUAGCUCCGAGAAGUGA